AAAAGCCCACUCUCCCUCCCCGUUUCCACCGCCGGCGGAAGGAUCGGAGAAACACGCCUUAGGGUUUGGCUCCGCCCGCCGACGCCGGCCGGGAGGCGCUCCCCGACCUGAGGCCGUGAGCUCCUCUGCCGCCCCCAAGGAGCAUCUUCUACCCGAGCACGGAGAACCACAAGUUUCCAUUUAAAUUUGGCCACCAUGGUGUGGGAGCUUAUCGAGGUCGCCGGCAACCUAACUCCCCUCCCACAUUCUACAGUUGAUGUUGUGGCUGCGAAGAUUGAAUCCAAGGUAGCCAAUACUGUCAUUAGGCAACUUAAUCAGGUGUGCCCACUGGAGAAUCUGCGGCAUGUUAAGCGGGUGCGUCGUCGUAUUCAGUGUGAAAAAUCCGAGUUAUCGAUCAUCUUAUGCCUUUCCACUGAAUCUGAAAGUGGUAAGAAUGGGUUUCCUGAGGCUGUACAGAAGGUAGUGAAGGCUUACCAGUUGAGUCCUUUCAUUGCAAAAGUUGCCAGCUAUCCUGCUAUGUCGAAAGAGGAAUGGGAGGAACAGUGCAAACUCUGGCCAACUUCUUAUCAUCCCCUGCAUGACACUGGUGGUUCAUCUGGAUUUAAAGAGGAUGAAUUACCAUCAAUAUUUGAUUGCAUGAGGACUGCUAUCCAGUUAUCAGAGGUGGGCAACACGGCCAUUAUUGUUGAUCCAUCAAGUAUGCAAAUAAUUUCAAAGGCUACAGAUCAAACACACCAGCAUGAUGCCUUCCAGAAAAGGAACAGAUGUGUCAAUGUGGAAGCAGAUGGUGGCCGCUCUUUGGCUGAAACAGCUGGGGCUAAUGAUGGCAGGUUGUUGCUGUCAAGCUCCCAUGUUCGCAAUGGCUUGAACAUGGAGGUCUCAUGUAUGGACCCGUGGGGAUGGACAAAACAGAGGUCUUCUGAGCAGAAGACUUUGUCCUCUGAAGGUGGUUUUCUUUGGCAUCCUCUGAGACAUGCUGCCAUAGUUGCCAUUGAAAAUGCUGCCGAGAGAGAUCGAAUGAUGUUCCAUACUUCAACUUCUCCAACAACCGAAUUAGACUUAAAUGGCGAUAUGGAUAAUUGUUCUGAUAAUGAACCAGCAAAGCGGCCAAAGAUAGUUACAAAGGAUAAAGAACAAGCUGAGCAUCAAGAAUGCGGGAGUGACUUGUCUGGAACAAACAGACCAUAUCUCUGCACAGGAUUCGACAUCUACCUUGUUUGGGAACCCUGCACAAUGUGUGCUAUGGCACUUGUACAUCAAAGGUUCAAGCGUGUCUUCUAUGCUUUCCCUAAUCCAAUCACUGGAGCGCUGGGCAGUGUCUACAGAUUGCAUGGGGAGAAAAGUUUAAAUCACCAUUACUCCGUGUGUAGGGUAAAAAUGCCAGAGCCAGAUCUGAAUGUUUCAAGUGAUUACCCUGAAAAAGGCUGCUCAGAUUUUGUACCAUCCUAGUUCUUGAAAAUCUAUGAGCUUUUCUAGGCUACUUGCUUGUGGUUCGUCAUCUUCGCUUUGCGAGGGCCAUGGCAACGGUGGGUUUCUGGUUCCUCUCUGCUUUGUCAGGACGGUGGUGUUGGUUCUUUGUCCAGAGACCCUGUGAUGGUUGCCCUGCGUAUUUUCCAUAUAACUGUCUUAUUUGC